GUAAAAUAAAUAAACAAAUAGAAAGAAGGAAGGAAAUUCCGGCUCUCUCUAAUUCCUUCCAUGCAAGCUGAACCUUAUCAUAUGAUAUAUCUCGUCGUCCUCUCUCCCAAAAUCCCCCCUUUCUUAGACCUAAAGCAGCAGCUUUUCCCCUCUCUUUUACCGCCGGUUGUAACUCGGAGAGAGCUCGUCUACGCUUUUCUUUCCUUGUUUCUCUUAAUCGGAUCUUCUCUCUGCGCCUUCGAUCUCCUCGCUCCGCUCGAUCCGGUCUCCUACUUUCGGGUCGGCUUCUUGGCCCGAACCUUGACAGUCUGCGGUGACUACGGCGACGGGGAGUGGGUCCGGGAUGUGAGGAAGAACCAGGACGACGUCGGAUCGUACGGGGAGAACUGCCCGUUUCUUGAUCCUGGCUUCCGCUGUCGCUGGAACGGCAGGGAUGACGUGGAUUAUCUCAACUGGCGCUGGCAGCCACGCCGCUGUAACCUCCCCAGAUUCAACGCGACGGACUUUCUGGAAAGGGCGAGGAACGGGAGGAUAGUGUUCGCCGGGGACUCCAUCGGCAGGAACCAGUGGGAGUCGUUCCUCUGCAUGCUGGCGCAGGGAGUCUCCAAUGUCUCCACGAUCUACGAAGUCAACCGGAAGCCCAUCUCCAAGCACAGAGGCUUCCUCGUCAUGCGAUUCAGCGACUACAACCUCACCGUGGAGUACUACAGACUGCCCUUUCUGGUGAUCAUCGGCCGCCCGCCUCGCGGUUCCCCGCCAGAGGUCAAGGCGGCGAUCAAGGUCGACCAGCUCCACUGGUUCUCCAACAGAUGGGUCGGUGCAGACGUUCUGGUGUUCAAUGCUGGACACUGGUGGAACCAGUACAAAACCAUCUACAUGGGUCACUAUUUCGAAGAAAAUGGAGUAAUAAACAGGUCUAUGGGGGUUAUGGAAGCGUUUGAAAAAUCGCUACAGACAUGGAGGAAUUGGGUGACUGAGAAUCUGUAUCCUCAGAACAGUCAUGUCUUCUUUCGCAGCUAUUCCCCUGCUCAUUACAGGAAUGGGACGUGGGCCGAUGGAGGGCACUGUGAUCUGGACCUGCAACCAGAGACGAACCCGCAGCUUCUUGCCCCUGAGCCAACGAAUAACCGACCGAUUUCUCAAGUGAUUACAGAGAUGAGAUGGGGAAACUACAAGAGAGUUGAGUACUUGAACAUUACACAUCUGACAGAGUACAGGAGCGACGGCCACCCAUCGCGCUACCGUGAGCCGGGGACCCCACCGGACGCUCCACAGGAUUGCAGUCAUUGGUGCCUACCAGGAAUACCAGAUGUGUGGAAUGAAAUUAUGUAUGCUCAUUUGCUGUCGAUGGGAUUCAGAACCAACAGAUGACGACGAAGCCAAACUUCUUUUUUGCCCCC